UGCACCGUUAAUUUGACGUCGCGUUGCUUUUGAGCAAAGGAAUAAUUUAUUUAUAAACUGAGGCAAAGACGCCAAAUCCAAAAUAAACCACAAAUAAAAUGUAAAAAUAUAUUUUGCUGAAGCAGCUGCACGUACAAGAGUGGGUUCGUCCAGGGAUCAUGGCACCUCGCAUACAGCUGGAGAAAGCGGCUUGGCGCUGGGUGGAAUCGGUGAAACCAGAGGACAUUAGUCGGGAUCACAUCGAGCUAGCGUACAGAGUCAAUUUGCCGGCCUGCAAGAGAGGGACAUGCAGGAGGAAUUGCAAAGGGAAUCCUAACUGCCUUGUGGGUAUUGGAGAACAGGCCUGGCUGGGAGAGAUCGAUGAAAAUGCUUUCCACAACAUAGAUGACCCAAAUUCUGAGCGCCGAAACAAGAACACAUUUGUGGGCCUGACCAACCUUGGCGCAACAUGUUAUGUCAACACAUUCCUGCAAGUAUGGUUCCACAACCUAGAGCUGCGCAGGAGCCUCUAUCUGUGCCACAAUUCCCGGGCACAGGAGCACAAUAUUGACUCAGACUAUGAACCUCAGUCAAUCUGCGAGCAUCUCCAGUAUCUAUUUGCACUACUGCAGAACAGCAACAGGAGGUACAUUGACCCAUCAGGGCUGGUCAAAGCACUGGGGCUGGACACAGGACAACAACAGGAUGCCCAAGAGUUCUCCAAACUCUUCCUGUCGCUGUUGGAGGACACCCUGUCCAAACAGAAGAACCCCAGUCUUCACAACGUUAUUCAGCAGCAGUUCUGUGGACAGUUCUCCUAUGUCACUGUGUGUAACCAGUGUGGUCGUGCGUCUCCACUGCCAUCCCGAUUUUAUGAACUGGAGCUUAACAUCCAGGGUCACAAGAACCUCACCGAAUGUGUGACAGAGUUCCUCAAGGAGGAGAAGCUGGAUGGGGACAACCGUUACUUCUGUGAAAAUUGUCAGAGCAAACAGAACGCUACACGGCGCAUAAAGCUUCACAGCUUACCACCCACCCUCAACCUGCAGCUCAUGCGCUUUGUCUUUGACAGGCAAACGGGCCACAAGAAAAAGCUCAACACCUUUAUCAGUUUCCCAGAGCAACUGGACAUGGGGCCUUUCCUAGAGGGAAAACAAGACCAGAAGUGUGUUUAUGAACUGAGCGCUGUGCUGAUCCACCGGGGCGUCAGUGCCUACUCAGGACACUAUAUUGCCCAUGUUAGGGAUGCGCGCACCAGUGACUGGUAUAAGUUCAAUGAUGAGGAGAUUGAGAAAAUGGAGGGCAAGAAGCUACAGCUUGGUGUAGAGGAGGACAUUGCUGAGACGGUGAAAUCCCAGGCACGAAAGCCCAGGUGUAGUAAAGGUUACCACUGCUCUAGGAAUGCCUACAUGCUGGUGUAUAAGGUCCAGGAGCAGGAGAACUCAGACCCCUCCAUGACCAAUGUUGAAGUUCCAGACUUCUUGCAGAGGCUGGUGGACCGAGACAACCAUAAGUUUGAGGAGUGGUGCAAUGAGAUGGCUGACAUGAGGAAACAGAGUGUGGACAAGGGCAAGGCCAAGCAUGAGGAGGUGAAGGAACUCUACGAGCUUUUACCUGCAGAAGUCGGUCAGCCAUAUGAGUUUGUACCUUUGGACUGGUUGAAGAAAUGGCUGGAUGACUCCACUGCCACUAAGGAAAUUGACAACUCCCUCUUCCUGUGUUCUCAUGGCAAACUGCAUCCUGACAAAGUGGGGGAGGCCAAGAGGGUCUCCCUACCUGCUGCCCAGCAUCUCUACCAGCGCUAUGGUGGGGGGCCAAGACUGGACGGCUCGUCGCUGUGCAAGAUGUGUGUGGGCCAGCGUUGCAGGGUGUUACGGCUAAAGAACCAGCUCAAUGAGGACUACAGGGAAGUCUCCAAUCUGGUCAAACGCACACUCAGUGGUGAGGGCUACUGGGUGGGGAAGGCAUCUCUACGCAGCUGGAGGCAACUGGCCCUGGAGCAGCUGGAGGAGGAUGAACAAGAAACCAAGCACAGCAGUGGACAAACCAAUGGACAGGGACUACACACCAUGAAUAAAGAACAUCCUGAAAGUAACGAGGAGGAGAUGAAGACUUUUAAUGAGGACAUUGUUUGCAGUCAUGGGGGCCUGAGUAUCCUGGAGACUGAAAGGAGACUAGUGUCAUCAGAGGUGUGGACCAAACUUAGGGCCUACUUCCCCAAAGCCCCAGUGUUCACCCAACAACACGAAUCCUGUCGUCAGUGCCUGAUGUUGGAACAGGAAGAAAAGGACAACGAGGCGGUCAGUAAGAUGAUGGCUUUGGACCAGAAGAACCAGCUGCUCAACCUCUUCCAGGAGAAGAACAGGCCCACACUCACCAGCUGGCCUCAGAGCACAGAUGUACUUCACAUUGUCCCUUUAUUCUUUGUGGAUGAGUGGAGGAAAUUCAUAAGGAGGCCUACGAAAUCGUCUCCGGUGUCAAGUGUGGGCAAUAGCCUGCUGCUUUGUCCUCAUGGAGGCUUCAUGUUCACUUAUGACUCCCUGGUCAAUGGAGAUGCCCAACAUAUAGCUCUGCUCUGGCCCAGCGAAUGGGAGGUGAUUAGUAAACUCUUCAUUGUGGAUCAGCCAAUCUCCAUCCACCGCUCGAGUCAGACCAUGCCCAGUGGCUCCACAACACAGUACAGCACUCAGCCUGAGCUGUGUUGGGACUGCAGAGAGGGCUUCAUCUUCCAGCAGCAGAGGGACCUGAGAGAGUACACCCAGGCCACCAUUUAUGUCCGCAAGGUCAUCGAAGAUAAGAUGAUAAUAAGGGAGGCAGCACCAGAAAUUAAUGCAAGCAGCUCGGAGGCAGAAGAGGAGAAGGAAGAACCGCAAAAGGUGGAUGGAGAGAAGGACCCCAGCUUCAUGCAAUCAGAGGAUGGGGUGAAGCGCCUGAAGCUGAAUGAUGGCAGUACUGCAGCCGCAGCAGGUCAUACCCCCACUGCCAGUGUGGGCAAAACGGGAGGAAUCAGGAGAAGCACACGGCAUAGGAAGCUCCGAGGAGAGAAAGCACUUAUUGUCUCAGCCAAUCAGACACUUAAAGAGUUAAAAAUACAAAUCAUGCAUGCCUUCUCCGUGGCUCCAUUUGACCAGAAUCUUUCCAUUGAUGGCAAGUGUCUAACAGACGACUCAGCUACACUUGGCAGCCUGGGGAUUGUCCCUGAAAGCAUCAUCUGUCUCAAGGCAGAUGAACCCAUAGCAGAUUAUGCAGCAAUGGAUGAUGUCUAUCAGGUGGGUAUGCCUGAAGAAGGAUUUAAAGGCACUGGGCUACUUGGGCACUGAGGAAAUCUUUACCUAUGCUUGAAGUGGACAGACUUUGGAUAAAAAGUCAAAAAAACUUGAAUUUGUCAAGUGUCCAUACACAAAGAAGUGCUUUAAUUUCUAUGUUCUCUUUUUUUAAGUUUUAGUAGUUUUUUGUUUAUUUUCUUUUUUUCUUUUUUUUUUAUAAAACUGUGACUAUGUUGCAAAAUGUUGCUGUUUUCCUGGUCCAAUAUAAGAUUGCUGGCUUUUGAUAUUUAAAGAUCUUAAUAUGUUCACAAGGACUUUGUGAUAGUGUUUUGUUUUUUUUCCUCCCUGACUCAAUAGAAACAGGUUUGGGAAUCCAAGUGAUGUCCUCCUGUGUGGAGCUUGGCUUCAGUAGAGAUUAGGCCUGGUCCUACAAAUCUGUUUGUUUGUUUGUUUGUUUAAUUAUAAGAAUUUUUUUUCUUUUGAGAAUUGUUUUCAUUAAGCUGAAGCUUGUGGUCUCACUGCAAUUUCUUCAAACAUGUGAAAUGAAUGCAUGAGUAACUUAAGUAUUACAAAUGUAACUGCUUCUCAUGUUUGAACAUUUAUUACCUCAGUAACAAAUCUAGAGACAUACUCUAUGUUGCAUUUACACAUAGAUCGCUACAUGAUAUUCAGAGGCUUAAUUCCUGCAAGAGUUAUGGCCAUGCAAACUUAGUCGGUCUUUGCUGAAAUGACAAACAGGAUACAGUACUAUUCUAUUCAGUUAUUUCCAAAUGGGCAAUAAAGAUAUUGUUUUGAAACUGAUGUGUUUGUAAAUACUUGUAUUUAACAAAUUAGAUUUAACAAAUUACCUGUUUUGGUAUGUAUUAUCUAGGGUCCAAUGUUUCUUUUGGUUACAUAAUUUCAUGUUGUAUAAUAUUAUCUCUAAAAUAUGAUCACUGCUAUUGCUUUGAAGAUCUUUUAAUACCAUUUUGUCCAGCCAUCUUGUAUCAACACUUCCGCUGCAAGGGUUUCUUCAUCUUGCUCUUGUUUGAACAUGGACCAUGCAAACGUCAGCGACGGUAAAUUGUUAUAAAAUUGUUCGGGU